AUGAAUAAUCAGCACUUAAUUUAUAAGGCAGUAUUGAUUAAUUAUUUUCCCAAAGAAAAGGGAACAAAAUAUUUUUUUCUCAUAAACAUAAUUGUAUAUUGUAUAUUAACCAUCUUAUAUGAAAAUUUUCCUGUCAUUACAUUUCCAAAUUAUACUUUUGUGAACACUAACGACAUUGUAAUUCAUAAUACACGAGUUAUCAGAUCAUUGUAUGAAGAAUAUCAUUUUAAUACAAUAAAAGACAAAGCAUUAAUAAAUGAUCUAAUAAAAGAUGAUUUAAUAAAAAAUGACCUAAAAGAAGAUCAUAUAAAAAAGAGUGAUAUACAGGAGGAGGAUCUAAAGAAUUAUGAAAGUUUUAAAUCUAAUUUGAUGAAAAAUGAAGAAAAACAGGACAAUUUAUCAAAAGAAGAUAUAACAGUUAAUUCAUCAAACAAUGAUAAUAUAAUAAUAUAUAACCCAUAUGAAGAAAAUAUGAUAGUAGAUUAUUUGGAUGAAGAAAAUAUAAUACCAGAUUUUCCAUAUGAAGAAAAUAUAAUAAUUAAUAAUUCAAGGGAUGAUUAUUUAAUAGAGGAAGGAAUAAAUGAGAACUCUCCUAUAAUCAUUGAUUUGAAUAACAGUAUGAUAAAUGAGAGAAAUGUUGUUGAUAACGAGAAAGAUAAAGUUAAAAUGAUUAUAUAUUCAUAUAUAAAAAAAAUGGAUUCAUUUAAAAAGGAUAUAAAUUAUAAAACUUUUGGAAAAUGUCGAGAUGAAGAGGAAGAAAGAAAAUGA